GGAUCCGCUUUUGGGAAAUGUCUUCAUCCAACAGUGGAUUGACCAAGGCUGUUACUGAUGAUGAAAACGAAGAUUGUCCAACGAACAUCAACAUGCAUGUCCACAUUGAAAGAACAAUUCGUCCAAUAAAACAAACACCUCUGCGCGAGCCCCAUUAAUCUAAAACGCGCGGUUGUUUUCAUUCACGCAGAUAAGAAUUUUCAAAAACGUGGUUAUCCAAAUGCCCCCCCCUGGCCACUUCUCGCUGGCAAGCAAACGAGCGCGCGUGUCGAUGUACGGCACUGCUAGGCAACCUCGUACCCAAUCGCAUCCACCCCGUGCGACGUGAGCCAUUCUUCUCAAUAUUCACCCGGGCUCGAGGGUGGGGGCCACGCCACCACCCGACGGGGGUUCCAGCCCCUCCCCCUCCACGCGCGUUUUCUUCUCGCGCGCCGCGCGCCGCGCUCCGACACGAGCGAGUCACAGACGCCGUGGCCACGAGGAUUCGUGCGCUGGAUGGGGCCAACGUCACUCUGGCGGGCGACUCAGCUCCGCCGCUCGGAAGCAGCAUGUUGACCGAACGUCCCAAUUCCACCGCGUCGUCGGGAGACGCAUUCGAGGUGUUUGACGCAAGCACCGUGGUCAUUCCCUUCAUCUACGUGGUGGUGUGCAUGGUAGGCUUGCUCGGGAACUCGCUCGUCAUCUACGUGAUAUUCCGCUACGCCAAGAUGAAGACGGCCACCAACAUCUACAUCCUCAACCUGGCCAUAGCCGACGAGCUCUUCAUGCUCAGCGUGCCCUUCCUGGCCACGUCCGCGGCCAUGCACCACUGGCCCUUCGGCUCGCUGCUCUGCCGCCUCGUGCUCAGCGUAGACGGCAUCAACAUGUUCACGAGCAUCUUCUGCCUCACGGUGCUUAGCGUGGACCGCUACAUCGCCGUGGUGCACCCCAUCAAGGCGGCGCGCUACCGGCGGCCGAGCAUCGCCAAGAUGACCAACGUGUGCGUGUGGGCCCUCUCGCUGCUCGUCAUCUUGCCCAUCAUCAUCUUCGCGAACACGGAGCCGAGCAGGGAGGAAGGCUCCGACAGCGUCAUCUGCAACCUGCUGUGGCCGCACACUGACCUGCCAUGGUCGGUGGCGUUCGUCCUCUACACGUUCAUCGUGGGCUUCCUGCUGCCCGUAGUGGCCAUCUGCGUGUGCUACCUGCUCAUCAUCUUCAAGAUGCGAGCGGUGGCGCUCAAAGCGGGCUGGCAGCAGCGCCGGCGCUCCGAGCGCAAGAUCACGCGCAUGGUGCUCAUGGUGGUGGCCGUGUUCGUGCUCUGCUGGAUGCCCUUCUACACCAUCCACCUGCUCUUCGUGUUCGGCGUGUCGCCACACCCCACCGUCAUGCAGCUCUCCGUCAUCCUCAGCUACGCCAACAGCUGCGCCAACCCCAUCCUCUACGGCUUCCUCUCGGACAACUUUAAGCGCUCCUUUCAGAGGAUCCUGUGCUUGCGCUGGAUAGACGGGGGUCUCGAGGAGCCCGUCGACUAUUACGCGUCGGCGCUGAAGAGUCGCGCGUUCGCCGCGCAGAGUCGCAGCAACCAGCUCAACAACUUUCGGCCGAACAACGCCACCGCGGGCAGCGUCUACCGUAACGGCACGUGCGGUGGCGUGUCGCGCACCACCACCCUCUAAGAGGAGUCGCGCUGCCUCGCACACCGCCCUGUUCUCCGCGUUGUAAGACGCUGCCGGAAAGUAAGACGCACCACCCAACCCCCCCCCCUACCUCCUCCCACCCCGCCACCAAAAGUUGUGCCCGGUGUCAAUGAAGUUAUACAAAUCUGGUUACACACACACACAUAUCUACCGGAUUGUAAGACGCACCCCUCCCCCCACACCACCCCACACAUUUCGCUUUAAAACACAGCGGGGGAGAGGGGGGGGGGGCAGAAUCGUGCGUCUUAUAAUCCGGCGGAUACGGUACUAACAAUGACGUGAUUGCUGCUACCGUUGUAUCAACGUGUCGUUUACAUGCUUACACAUCGGCGUGUCGUUCCCGUAUUUAUUGACGUAUUUAUUAAUUAUGUAUCUAAACCACUGCUCAUGUUCGCAUGUGGGAUAUAUUCGAGGGUUUCUGUUGUUGUUGUUUUGCUUUAAUAAACUAUGAGUUGACGAAUUUGUCAGAUUCAACCACAGGGCAGUCGAGUUUGAAAUGCCGCUACGCGUCGUGCAGACGACGCGAGUUCCGCUUCGGUUUGACUCGACGGCGAGACGUCUCGUGGCGAUGCAAUACUCCGUCAAAACCACGCCGUCCGUUUCACGUUGGCCGCCCCCCUUGGGGUUCGUCGCUUGCCCCAUGAAUUAUUGUCACAGUGUGAGAUGUUGGCUACGCUGAACGAGCUGUGAACAUCGCCGGUCCGUGUGGAUUGUGACGCGCAUCGCCAAAGCGUGAGCCAUUUUUUACUCGCAAUCUGUAUAAACGCGUAUGAUUUACGUCUGUCACCGCACGUACAUUCUAAUUCUAAUAAGGCGACUACGACUAGACGGUACGACUGUGGACAAUGUUGCUAAAUGAGUGUGGGCAGACUCUGGUUCACGACUGUAGCCUAAUUCACAGACUGACAUCGCUACGAGCACAAAAGAAACGUGGGUUUCUUUUUUUGCGUCAUUAAAGUGUCCCAGGUAAUGUGCACAUUGGUCAAUGUUCAGUAAGGUACAACAAUGCAACGUUUCGGUUCAAGGAAAAAUACGGCAUUCGGUUCACAUAAUUCCGCGUUGAGGUUGUGUGUAGAACAGCUGACAGUUGUUUUCUCCCCAGCCCCGUCAAUUGCAUACUGGGAUUUGUUCAUAAACGCUGAUGUCAACUGAUAUGCUGGGCCAGUUAUAAAUGACUCGGGUUUAAUUUGUGUUGUUGUUGUUGUGGGUUUCAUCUGUUUUAGUACCUCGAUGUUUUUUUUUACAUUGCAGCGUACUAAUUCACAGGACUGAUACAAAUUCAAGAUGCAAACCACUCAAGACACACACCACCAUUGGAACCUCUUUUGCCAGUAGAAAAAUAUGAUAAUUGCUUUUUACCCUUUCAUCUGGCAACAAAACUGACACCUUUUUUACAAGGAGUUAUGUUUGCAUUGACCACAAUACCUGCGGUCGGAAUGCAAAGGAGGUUCCAAUGGUGUAAAUGCUUACCCCGAGCUCUCAUACUCUGAUGGUGCAUUGUCUUUGAGUUGUGCGCCUUUUGGCGUCAUCUGGUCCAACACCGUGUGAGACGAGGCUCAAAGAAAAGCUGUCUCGGGUGUGGACCAAUCAAUUUCAAGGACAGUGCAUACAUUAUCAGAGUUGUGUUUUUUUAUUUGCAUUCCGACCGCAGGUAU